AACAAAUAAUUUCAAGACGCCAAGCAAAUUAUCUGAAAAAAAGAAAUCUGUCUCCUCAGUUUGACAAGACCACCAGGCUCUGUGAGGCAACCUAGAAACUUCCUUCAAGCAUUCCAUGUUCAACUCCAUGUAUAAAUAUUCCUGCCUCUCCGUUUAUGCAGAAGCUUGGCUUUGGUACUGGGGUAAACGUUUACCUUAUGAAAAGGUCUCCAAGAGGUUUGUCUCAUUCUCCUUGGGCUGUGAAAAAAAUUAAUUCUAAAUGUAAUGAUCAUUAUCAAAAUAUGUAUCAAAAGAGACUAACUGAUGAAGCUAAGAUUUUGAAAAACCUUCAUCAUCCAAACAUUGUAGGUUAUCGUGCUUUUACUGAAGCCAGUGAUGGUAGUCUAUGUCUUGCUAUGGAAUAUGGAGGUGAAAAGUCUCUAAAUGACUUAAUAGAAGAACGAAGUAAAGACAGCAAUAACCCUUUUCCUGCAGCCAUAAUUUUAAAAGUUGCUCUGAACAUGGCAAGAGGGUUAAAGUAUCUGCAUCAAGAAAAGAAACUGCUUCAUGGGGACAUAAAGUCUUCAAAUGUUGUAAUUAAAGGUGAUUUUGAAACUAUUAAAAUCUGUGAUGUUGGAGUCUCCCUACCAUUGGAUGAAAAUAUGACUGUGACUGACCCUGAGGCCUGUUAUAUUGGCACUGAGCCAUGGAAACCCAAGGAAGCUUUGGAGGAGAAUGGUAUUAUUACUGACAAAGCAGACAUAUUUGCCUUUGGGCUUACUCUGUGGGAAAUGAUGACUUUAUCUAUUCCACACACUAAUCUUUCAGAUGAUGGUGAUGAUGAAGAUAAAACUUUUGAUGAAAGUGACUUUGAUGAUGAAGCAUACUAUGCAGCUUUGGGAACUAGGCCCCCUGUUAAUACGGAAGAGCUGGGUGAAUCAUACCAGAAAGUAAUUGAACUCUUCUCUGUAUGCACUAAUGAGGAUCCCAAAGAUCGUCCUUCUGCAGCACACAUCGUUGAAGCUUUGGAAAUGAAUGUACAGUGAUCACCUCAUUUUCAUGAUCACCUCAGCAUGAAAUAUGGCUCACGUAUAUAACUGUUCUGUUUACUGUAUUACAUUUGUAUAGUUACAAUGAUAAUCCAUAAUUAUUAGACUCUUUGGAAGUAGCCUGUUUUAGGACCAUAGCACCUUGCUAACAUUUGAAUAACCAUUUCUAGUAUUAGGGUAUUUCUUAUGUGCUUAUGAUGAUAAGCAUUUGAGAUUAUAGUGGGUUUUCUAUGAAGUUUAAGAAACUAGCUACUCAAAUACUUUUGUGUCUAACAUUAAUUCGGAUUGAGUGACUGUUACUUUUAUUAAUGAUCUUUCUCAAAUAUUCUCUAUUUUAAUGGAUCUAAGGAAAUUAGUACACUGUAAAAUACAAAAUAAGUCUAUAUUUGCUUAUAUUUUAAAACAUUAAACCUUUUGCUGGCCUUUCUUGGCUGGUGUGCUUAUUAAAUAUGGUCCCUGGAAUCUGAAGGAAUAUGGCUCAAGAGAGUAGCUCCCUUGGGUAUUUCUAGAUCUUUUGUUGUUGAGGAAGAGCUAUUUAUAGCUUUUCCUACCCUCUUGGAUCUCCCCUGAUCUUUGGUUUUCACAUUAUUAAAUAUAUUUUCUGUACUGUCAUUCCUUUAUUUACUAAUUUGUUACCUGAGCAUUUCACGCUUUUAGUAUGAAAAUAGUAAAACCCAGUUGGGACAAUAUUGUAGAAUAAAGGACACUUUAGGUACCAGAAAGCAUCUCUGCAUAAUCUUUUUUUAUACGUUAAUGAUUUUUUAGUGUUGUCAUUAAACUUGUUAAAUGAGUAUGAGAUUUCUUUUCCUCUCUGGCCUCAGUUUGUUCAUCUGUAAGAUGGGGUUGAUUUGGAUUAAUAGUUUCUGCGAGCCAGAGCCUCUUGAGAAUUUUCAGAGUUACUGAAUUGUGCCUGUGAAUCUAGGUGGUAUGCCCAGACUUGGCUGUAGACAGACUUUUAAAAAUUAUUGUUAUGUAGAUGUUCUUAGAAAGAUUAGGAACGACUGCACUCUUAGCUUUAAAAAAAUUUCCAGAAUUCACUGGAAGAUUCCUUUUAGUACAGGAUUGU